AUGUCCUCCUCCAACGCGCGCGUCGAAGACACCUACGAGAUCCAGAACGACCAGCGCCUCGACGACCUCCACUCGAAGAUACGAACACUAAGAGGAGUGACGACUGACAUACACGAUGAUGUGGAGAGGCAGAACUUGACGCUGGACGACGCGGGCAACGUGUUUAGCUCCUUCGGUGCAACGCUCUCGCAAUCAUCACGACGCGCUGGCCAAGCGUUCGGGCUGACAGGGCACGGCGGCGUACGGCAGUCGCGUAUCAUCCUCUACAUCGUAGGAGGUGUCGUAGGCCUAUGGUUCAUGUACAAGCUGUCAUCUUUCGGGCUCGGAGGCUCGCCUGCGCAGUGA